GUUCAACCACUUCACUUGCGGUCCAUACUCCUGACGAUAAUGGUUCUAUCUGUGAUCGUUCUACUAGCUCUUCCAAUCAUCGCUUACCUCGUGCUACGAUGGAAACAACGCCGAUUCUAUCAAAUAUCUGCCGAGCUUCCGGGACCCGUAAGUUACCCUUUGAUCGGAAGUGCACAUCUGUUCAUCGGAAAGACCAACGAAGAGCUGUUUGCCAUUUUGAACGGUUUCGUGAAAACGUAUUCAUCUCCGUGUCGAGGAUGGCUCGGUCCUAAGUUAUUCGUUUUCAUCGACAACCCGGAAGACAUACAGGUGGUCUUGAAUUCGCCAAACUGCUUGGAGAAAGCCGAAAUUUACCGUUUCAUUAGAAGUCUCAAUGGACUGUUCACUUCACCGGUUAGCAUUUGGAAGGUUCAUAGGAAAUUAUUGUCCCCGUGUUUUAGUCCAGUAGUUUUGUCUAGUUUUAUUUCAAAGUUCAACUUGAAAAGUGCAACUUUGGUGCAACAUGUAGGGAAGAAUAUAGGACGAGCGGAAUACGAUUCAUAUGGCGAUAUUUCAAGAUGCACGUUGGAUAUGAUUUGUGCAACUUUUUUGGGAACCGAUAUGAACUUACAAAGCAAGGAAGGUACAGAAUUUAUCAAAAAUGUUGAGGAUGGCUGUGAGCUGAUCAAUUAUCGUCUCCAUAGAUUUUGGUUGCACCCAGAAUGGAUUUACCGACUAACCAAAUACUAUCGGACAGAAAGAAAAUGCUUUGAAAAUGUUUUCAACAUGUUGAACAAAAUAUGGAAGAAAAGACAAAAGGUGCUAUCCGAAUCUAGGGCAGCUCCACUUGACGAAAGCAUCAGCACGAAGAAGCCCCUGAUAUUCAUCGAUCAAAUCCAGAGAUUAGCAGAAGAAACACAAGUAUUCGACGAAAUUGACAUCCGAGAUGAACUUAGUACAAUCAUAGUGGCAGGAAACGAGACUUCAGCGUUGAGCCUGUCAAAUACGAUACUGAUGCUUGCCAUUCAUCAGGACAUACAAGAAGAGGUUUACAACGAAAUAGUGAACGUAUUAGAAAGUGGUGAUCCUUCGGUUCCAGUCAACAACGAACACCUAUCUAAACUUUGCUACACAGAAAUGGUGAUAAAAGAAACGAUGAGAUUGUUUCCAGUCGGGCCCAUGUUGGGCAGGAAAUGUACGGCGCCAACUCGUAUUUCCAAAUCUACGAUCCCUGAGGGCACCAACAUCAUCCUGGGAGUUAAUAACGUUCACCGGAAUCCGGCAUAUUGGGGACCGGAUGCGAAUCGUUUCGAUCCCAAUCACUUCCUGCCAGACCGGAUAGCAGAGCGCCAUCCAUACGCGUUUCUUCCCUUCAGUGGAGGACCUCGCAACUGCAUUGGCUACAAAUACGCUCUGAUGUCGAUGAAGAUAAUUCUAUGCUAUUUGCUGCGCGCAUAUCGAUUUCGAUCGCCAUUGAAAUUAGACCAGCUGCAACUGACAAUGAGUCUCACUUUGAAAAUUGCAAACAGGAACGUGAUGACGGUGGAACGAAGGGACAAUUAGUAGCUGCCAUGGAAUAUGUCGAAGCAAUCCAAUGGGCUUGUUGGAACUGAUAUUGGGUCAUAAGGGCGAGAAUAAAUCAAAAGUUAAUUUGUUAUGUCAAUUAAAAUAUAGAUGAAAAAAUCAA